GGAGGCUGAUACACUGCAAGUCACACAUCUACCACCCUUGGUCCCCACACCAGCAAGAGCUUCUUUCCAAAAGCUCUGUGGUUAAAGAGCAAAGAGGAUGAGAUGGAGGAGACAAACCAGACAGCCGUGAUGGACUAUGUCCUGCUGGGGCUCCAUGGGCACCAUGACCUAGAGGUGGUCCUGUUUGUGCUUUGCCUGGGCAUCUACUGCAUGAAUCUGCUGGGGAACUCCCUCCUCAUGGUGCUGAUCAUGCUGGACCCCCACCUGCACAACCCCAUGUACUUCUUUCUCAGCAACCUCUCCCUCAUAGACAUCUGUGGCACCUCCUCCUUCAUACCUCUCAUGCUCACCAACUUCCUACAAACCAGAAGUACCAUCUCCUUCCCAGCCUGUGCCCUGCAGAUGUACUUGACCCUGGCUUUGGGUGCUACAGAAUGCUUGCUCCUGGCUGCGAUGGCCUAUGACCGUUAUGUGGCUAUCUGCCACCCACUCAGGUACACAGAGCUCAUGACUGGACAGAUGUGCAUGCAGAUGGCAGCGCUGAGCUGGGGGACAGGCUUUGUCAACUCACUGCUACAGUCCAUCCUGAUCUGGCGCCUCCCCUUCUGUGGCCACAAUGUCAUCAACCACUUCUUCUGUGAGAUUUUAGCAGUGCUGAAACUCGCCUGUGGGGACAUAUCCCUUAAUGCCCUGGUAUUGAUGGUGGCUACAACCAUCCUGACAGUGACCCCUCUCCUGCUCAUCUGCCUCUCCUACAUUUUCAUCCUGGCUGCCAUCUUUCGGGUUCCCUCUGCUUCAGGCCGGCGCAAAGCCUUCUCCACCUGCUCUGCACACCUCACAGUGGUGGUGAUUUUCUAUGGGACCAUCUCCUUCAUGUACCUCAAGCCUAAGGCAAAGAACCCCAAUGUGGAUAAGAUUAUCACACUGUUUUAUGCCGCCGUGACACCCUCACUGAACCCCAUCAUCUACAGCCUAAGAAAUGCAGAGGUGAAAGCAGCUGUCACAGCUCUGCUUGGGGGAGGUCUGCUCACUAGAAAAUUCUCCCACGUUUACUGUUGCCCUCCAACUCUGUCAGUCAACAUGAGCUAGCCUAUCUUGUGGUAAUGGAAUCAUUAAUUAAGUGGCUUAAAACCAACAGAUUUCUCACUUAUGCCCCAGGUCCAUAAGGGCUUGGCUGGGGUUCUGCUCUGCUUCCUUUUAUCCACCCCUCACCCCCACCACAGGACCCAUCUGUAACAUGGCUGGGCACCAUUACAAAACGAGAAGAGAAGGUGUCCUUUCUCUCCCUUCACACCCACCUUCUUCCAGACUGUCAUUCCAGGGUCCUGGAGCACCUUCAGGCCCACCACAAGACACAGAGGUACCAACUUUCAUUGGUGUCUCCAGCUGCUCCCAAGGCUCUGUCCCUCUAGUCUCUAAAAGAAAUUCCUCACAUUCCUCAUAGUGGUUCUGCCAUUGAAGUCUAGCCCCAAUUGAUCCAUCACUCUUUUGAUCGAGACCCUUCAUGGCUCCCCAUCACCACAGCAUUAAGUCCAAAUCCUUGCUGAGUCUUCAAGGCCCCCAGAGUCUGGCAGCAUCUGCUUCUUCAGCCUGACUUCCACUUCCCCCUCCACACAGGCCAGCCAAUCACUACAUCCUCUGCACUGCCCCCACCUCCAGGUCUUUGAUCCUGCUGUUCUCAGUCACACUGGGAUGAGUUUUCAAAGCCAGCUCAGACACCAUCUCUUUCAUGCAUUCUUCUCUGAUGCACUUUGAGAUUGUCCCCUUUAUAUCCUACAGCACCUUUCACUUUACCUGUCUCAUCCUGACUUGUGACAUUUCCUCAUCAUCAGAACUCCUUGGGGGCAGCCUGCCACCAGGUCUCACCUACUGCUGUAGCUUUGGGAGGGCUUUCUCUACAGCAGAUUUCCUGAACUGACUUGUUACCCAGAAGCUUUGAGCACUGAGUCCAGUGGUGCUGAGUAUCUCCAAGCAGUGGCAGGUGGACAGGGGUCCUGGCGUGGCUAUGUACAGACAGGUGAAGGGAGCAGCAGUACUGAUGGCCACAGUCUUGUCCUCGAUGCAGGCAGGGCUGCUCUGGA